AAAUUAUUUUUAUCUAUUAAAUUAUUUUUAUAGUAAAACAAGACAAAUUCCUAGUCUGAGUUUGUGUGUUUCUGCUAUGGUUUUCUAGACCAAGAAUCUUGCUUUUCUUUGAGUGCUGCAUCAGUAGCUAAGUGUUAGAAGAGAUAAUUGCACUCAAAAAGGCAGCUAUGAAGCUGACAGUCAUGGAAUUAAGAAAAUCUAGCUGCAUAGAUUGGACAAGGCAGUGGUGUUUCUCUAAGCUUUGAGGGGCUGGGAAUCAAAGAUUUUGUAAUGCACACUGAUUUUUUUUUUUUAAGUUGCUUAGCAUGUUGUUUUUAGUCUUGCCAGCAAAUGUUUGGACUGCUAAUGGAAAUGUUUCAGACUUGUAAUUCAGCGCACUGUUUAAAAGGGAGAUUCUGGGAGGUGACAAUUAAAUUACUAUUUGUAUUAUGGUAUAUGAUCAUGUUAGAAAUGGCACUUAGUAGAAACCGUUCCCUGCUUUUAACAGGAAUAUUGAAGUCGGUGGUCUUAAGAGUUUGGGUCCUUAUAAGUUGGUAGAGGCAAUUCAGAGAUGGUUAUCAAAAUGGGCCAGAGUGGGGCUGCUUUUUAUUUGCUCUGAGUUUCUUUGAAUAUUGAAAUAAUAGAAGAUGAGGGAAGAAUCUUCUCCUUAUAGACUCCUCUAUGUACUAGGUUGAGACUACUCUUACUGUGCUGCACAAUUAAUUUAAUGUAAGAAAUAACUGGAACAAAUAGUUAUCUGUAGUUCUGUGGUGUUUUGUAGUUCCUGAUGUUGGUUAAAACAAUCAGAUGCACAUUGGAAAUUAAGGUUUUGUUUUCAGAUGCUGAAUGAUGAUUUAAACUGAACUAUUAAGGUCUAGGAAACCAGGAGGAUCUAUUCCCGUAACAAUGGCAGCAAAAUCAUCACUCCUUAAAGUAAUACUGCUAGGAGACGGUGGAGUUGGGAAGAGUUCCCUUAUGAACAGAUACGUCACCAACAAGUUCGAUGCACAGCUGUUUCAUACAAUAGGUGUGGAAUUCUUAAAUAAAGAGUUGGAAGUUGAUGGACAUUUUGUUACAAUGCAGAUAUGGGACACAGCAGGUCAGGAACGUUUCAGGAGCUUGCGGACUCCUUUCUAUAGAGGUUCUGACUGUUGCCUGCUAACCUUCAGCGUGGAUGACUCUCAGAGCUUCCAAAACUUAAGCAACUGGAAGAAAGAAUUCAUUUAUUAUGCCGAUGUCAAGGAGCCUGAAAGUUUUCCGUUUGUGAUACUGGGUAACAAAGUUGAUAUCGAUGAAAGGCAAGUGUCUACAGAAGAAGCCCAAGACUGGUGCAGGAAUAAUGGCAACCAUCCCUAUUUUGAAACCAGUGCAAAAGAUGCCACUAAUGUUGCAGCAGCCUUUGAAGAAGCGGUUAGAAGAGUUCUAGCCUCUGAAGAUAGAUCAGAUCACUUUAUUCAAACAGAUACAGUAAACCUUCAUCGGAAACCAAAACCCAGUUCAUCUUGUUGUUGACUUAAAUUUUUUUUUGGCCAAAUUACUUUUGACUAGCUUGCUCUAUAAAAGGAUGGGGAAGGUGUAGUAGAUAAAAUAACAAAUGGGUUUCACUCUAAUAUUAGAAUUGUAAUAUUCUGCUGCUUUCUUGGGGGAGCAAAAGAAAAAAUUCCAUUCAUGAGUGACCCAUUACUGAAUUAGUGACACUUUCUGUUUAGGAAGGUGUCAAGUAAAAACAUCAAUAUAAGAAUGUAAUUUGCCAACUUUAUUCAAAUGAUAAAUACUUUGAGUAUAAUUAAAACUUGAAAGUUCUAGAAGCACUACUUUGGAGAAACUGUUCUGGAAUUCAGACACAAAGAUACUUUUAUAUGUGUAUAUUUUUAUGAAAUCAGCAUUCCAUUUUUGUUUCACUAGAAGUCAGUUUCUUAACAAUGUUAGAUAUUAAACUUCAGUCUCACUACAUUCCUUUUGUUGUGAGUGGUACUUCAUCUCUGAUGUGUUUAUUAUAGGUUAAUAUAAGUUACCUUCAGGUCUUCUCUAAUUGCCUGAUGUUGCUAUAAUUUGUGUAGGUUUUUAAGUAGGAAAUAAAUCUCCUACAUAUUUAAUGUCCAUUUUCCUUUAACUUACUAUUCUAAUACUGUACUAGCUUUUCCAGCAGUUUAAUGCAAGAUACUGAUGAUUUUUUAAGUUAAUACAUGUCUUUGCCUUAAGUCCCAUUCUAGCAUAUUUCUGAUCAAUCAGGUAAAAAAAUCUGAGUAACUGAAGUAUAACCAUUUUUAGUUAUGAAAAAGAUGUGCUUUAUCCAGUCAGCUUUAAUAGCACUUGAAGGGAUCCACAUUAUGACAAACUUGUAGGAGAACUUUUAGCAUACAGCCUUAAAGUUCCAAACUUCUUGUUCCUGUUAACCUGAGCUAUGAAUGUGUUUACCAGUAAUCUCUGCACUGUGAAACUAAGGAUUGGCAAUACGUGGAGAACUCAGGAAGCUCUUGACUUGCAGUAGAUUGUGACAGCUUUCAGCCCUAAUACAAGUAAAUACCUACAGCUAGUGUUUGAGCUGAAUUUGAUCCUUAUUUAAUUUGCUAUUUUAGGAUAAGGACUUACAAAUUUAAGACAAUGUCUUUUAUAUUACUGUACUCAUUACACGAUGAUGAACAGAAGCAAAUUCUAUAUUUAAUGAACAGUCUUUCUUCAGUAAUGCAGAAGAAACCACAGAAGGAGUAUUUGAGGCUCUCCGUUGCAGUUAAAUGGUAGAAUACUUGUAUGAGAAGUUGUUGAAUGUUGGCUCUCAGAGUACCCACUGUCCUUGUAAUAGCAAACUUGAUAGUGCACUAUUGCUUCAAUGUGUAAUCUGACUGCUAACAGGCAUGCACGUACACACAUUGUGGACUUCAAAAGGAAGUCUGAGGCCUAUAGGACAGGCCAUGUUACUUGCUAAACUACAUGGACUCUGCUUUCUGUACAGCAACUCCUUUGUUCCAAUAGAAAAGCCUUUCUGGAGAGUACAGUAACAACAAGAGUUUUCUCUGAACAUAUCUGCUCACUCUGUACCAGGUGUAAUUAUUUGGAAGUAAAGCUUGCAAAACAAACCCUUCUUGUUGCUCUUAAUACAUUUUUCUGAAUGUACUGUAUUCUUGCUUGAACCUGUCCAGGACAACUUUACUCCAUAGAUCUGCUGCUCCUGCUUAAAACUGACAUCUUUUCACCUCUUGUAUAUUCUGAUUCAUUCUUACAGUCCUGCAUAUUCAGCAAUAGAACUGUGUUUUAAGCUGCAGUCACCUAACAGCUAAAUAUAGGUUGAGCUGCUACUUCUGUUACGUUUAAUUUCUAGGCAAUGGAUGAAAAGAUCUGUGAAGAAAAUCUUCGCUAAAUUCCUCUUAAGCUGAGAGAGCAAAAAGCUUUAAAAACUAAGAUUGCUUGCGUUGGGGGCUACUAAGCUAGUGACAUGAAAUUGUUGUAAAACACUACUACCUUGCUACUUAAAGCUUCCUUUAAUGUUCCUUUUAGCAAAGGUAAGGUUGAAACAAAACAGGAGAUGAAGUUACUGUGACUGGAGUACUGUAGAUGUGAUUCAAAUAAGAUUGCUAAAAGGAAACAAUUAAGGAUGAGAACCAUUGUGGUCUUUCUUGUGCCUAAGAGUCCAUCUGUGUUUUCCCAUCUGCCCCCUUUCCAUGUAACAUCGUGGUUACCAAGCCUCCAUCUGAGAAGUAGGUUAAAUAAAACAUAAUACAGUAGAAGUGUA